AUGUGCCUGUCGAGCGCGUUAGUUGAAGUGGUACGUCACAGUCACCGGCAGUGUGUUAGUAUGCUGAUUAAAGUGAAAACGUUAACUGGCAAAGAAAUUGAAAUCGAUAUUGAACAAACUGACAAAGUUGAACGUAUCAAAGAAAGAAUUGAAGAAAAAGAAGGCAUACCACCACAACAACAACGAUUGAUUUUUUCCGGUAAACAAAUGAAUGAUGAGAAACUUGUCCAGGAAUACAAAAUGCAGGGUGGUUCAGUAAUACAUUUAGUACUUUCGUUGCGUGGAGGUCUAUGAUUUGUUUUUCCGUUCAUUAAUGGAACCAGAUGAAAUCACACGCUUUUUGUAUUAUAUUGCAAAUAUGAGGGGGACGAGGCUUUUUGAGUUCUCGUUCCAUAUCUUUUCCACUGUUUCUGUCAUGACUUAUUCCCUUCAUAAUUAUUUUAGGUGAUAUCUGAUCUUUGCCUAUGUAUAUGUUUUAAAUUACAUUAUCAAAUACAAUCUCCCACGUUGUA